AGGUACUCCCAAACCAGCCCAAACGAACAAUGUCCAGUGGUUUCACCUUUCGAUGGUUCUUCCACUUCUACACUAGACUAGAAUCCCUUCACUUUAAACCCCAAUCGCCGUUCCAAAACCCUUAUCUGAACAGUGUUAUCCAUGGCGGCCACCGAGGCAUCGGACGUCGGCGAUAGACCUGUCCUCAGCGUCAUCAACAAGCGCAUCCGCGCACUCAAGAAGAAGCUGAACCGCAUCUCUCAAAUGGAAGAGUCGCUUUCCAAAGGCAAAACCCUAAAUAAGGAGCAGGAAGAGACACUCCGCACCAAGCCUGCAAUCCUUGCUGGAAUCGACGAGCUAGAGAAGAUCCGUCUUCCGAUCUCUGCCGCCGUGGAAGAGGAGAUCAGCAUCUCGGCUCAAAGCCAGCAAGCGUCCUUACAGGAGGCCCCAGUGGCUGCCACGACGAACGAGGAAUCUCCGGAUGAGCCCGAGAAAGAUGUGGAGAGUAAGGGAGAAGAGGAGAGGUUACUAGUGGCCGAGGAUCUGUUGAAUCUUAUGUAUUUUGGCAGCAUGUUCGAUGUUAAAAACCUGCAGAACCACUUCACAGAGAUGAUGCUUUCGCGGGAACACGAGAGGGGAAGUUGCCUGUCAUAUGAUUACAUGAAAGAUGAUGAUUCCAUUGAUCUGCUAAAUGAGAGGGACCUGGAUUUGCUUUCGAUGCUAAGCGGGCUGCUAAUUUCUCGGCCUGCCAACUCGUCUUUGCCUCACAAGAACGCCCUCCAGAGAUGUAUUGAACAUGCCAAACUCUGGCUCGAGAAUUCCACGCAGCCAAUUGAAUCAGACUCAGACGUUACCUAUGCUGGAUUGAGAUCCAAGUUGAACAAGAUUAUGGCUUCUCAAUAUUUUGUAGCUGCACCAGUUGGACUGCAAACAGCUGCGAUGACUUAUGGGUCUUUUCAGGCUCCACUACAUGAGCCAGUUCCACCUUUAGAUGUGUCUGUGCAGGUGCAUGUGGAAGAUAAUGGAGUGCAAUACCAACCAAAGGAAGUAGAAGGGACUGCAAGCUAUCACGUCAAUGAAACAUACAAUUAUCAAGCAAAUCACGAGGAUCAACAUCAACAGGUUGAGGAAAACACAUCUGCAUUGCCAGCCGAAACAGAACACAUCCAACCCGAAGUGGAAGGAACUCAUGAUCACAGUGAUGAUAAGGGCCAACAACAGCAAGCUCCUCGAAGACCAUACCAGAAUCAUAAUAAUCCCAGGGGUGGCCACCGAGGAAAUGGCAGAGGGAGAUAUCCCAAUGGCCGUGGAGGACGUGGCGGCAGGGGUGGUGGAGGCUACCAGAACGGGCGUAACAACCAGUAUGACCAGCCGGGUGCCGGUAAUAACGUCCCGAGGAAUUCUCACUUCCGGGGAAGGGGCCGCCGCGGUGGUCAUUAUGGGAACCACCCUUUUGGAGGCCAAGCUGGUAACUAUGAAGAAGAAUAUUAUUAACUGUGCUUUGGGGUUUUGCUUUAUUGAUGAAAAAGGUUAAAGGGUUCCCUCCCAGUACCAGAUUUGAAUGCCUUUCCUUGGUUAAAAAAUGGAACUCUCUCAGAGGUGGUGUUAUGCGAUGAAGGAAAGAUUUACCUGUAGUUUCUUUGACAUGCACUCCCAAACCUGUUUUUUUAUUUAUUUUGUCCCCCCCCCCCCCGUCUUUCGAAUAUUCCUUUUUCCUCUCAAAAUUAGAGCUUUUUGGAUGAAUGAUAGAGCUCCCUCUAUAUUAUGGUCUUGUUUGGGAAGAGCGUUUUCAAUUAGUGUAAAUGUUAGCGUUUUGGAUGAAUAUUAAUAGGUAGAUUAAUUCAGAAAACGCUAGUAAUAAAAGUUGAUGUCAAAU